GGGAGUGGGGAAUCCUGGGAUAGUGGCGGACCUGAAGUUGGCCUCUGUGAAGGCUGAGUUCCAGGGCACGGGGAGCGAGAAGGUUUGGAAGGUGGAGGACCGUCCAGAACUGGGCUACCUAUUCCUUCGAAGGGCGGGAAGGGGCGGAUAGAGGUACCUGUUCUGGAGGAACUGGACUGAGAUGUGACCCCCGGAAUGAAGUGGUUUUGCUUGCAUACGAGGAGGGGGGUCAUCUUUCAUCCCCCCCUUCCUGGGGUUGAAAAGGCUAUCGACCGAGCAGGGGCCGAGCAGCACUCAGUCGUUUUGGACACGGCUGCCAUGGAAAUCACUGGUACUGGGAAAGCCUGUAAGAGUAGCAACUGCUAUUUUGUCGGAGGGAGCCCAGGCACCAAGAACAGUCGAAACACUCUCCCGGCGCGCGUCCCACAGACGAAUGGGGGAAUGAAUGUGACUCAGUGAGCGAGAUGAUAGAUUUAAAGUCAUUUAAGGCAAAGUCGACUUCCCGGGCCGCGGGCUCUCGGAGCCCUCCACCCCCGCCCGUAACUGACAUGGCGCCCUCCCGGUCGGCGUUUCCGGGCGGGUCCUUCCGACGGCCCCCGCGGUGAUUCCAUCACUCUUCUUCCUUCCCGGCCUGCCUCGCGCCGGGGCCGGGCUGGGCCAGAGCUGCCCAAGAUGGCCGACUUCGAGGAUCGGGUGUCGGAUGAGGAGAAGGUACGCAUAGCUGCUAAAUUCAUCACUCAUGCACCCCCAGGGGAAUUUAAUGAAGUGUUCAAUGAUGUCCGGCUACUACUUAAUAAUGACAAUCUCCUCAGGGAAGGGGCAGCACAUGCGUUUGCCCAGUAUAACAUGGAUCAGUUCACGCCGGUGAAGAUAGAAGGAUAUGAAGAUCAGGUCUUAAUUACAGAACACGGCGACCUGGGUAAUAGCAGAUUUUUAGAUCCAAGAAACAAAAUUUCCUUUAAGUUUGAUCACUUACGGAAAGAAGCAAGUGACCCCCAGCCAGAGGAAGUAGAUGGAGGUCUGAGGUCUUGGAGAGAUUUCUGCGACUAUGCUCUAAAGGCCUAUGUGAAAGAUCAUUAUUCCAACGGCUUCUGUACUGUUUAUGCUAAAACUAUAGAUGGGCAACAGACCAUUAUUGCGUGUAUUGAAAGCCACCAGUUUCAGCCUAAAAACUUCUGGAAUGGUCGUUGGAGAUCAGAAUGGAAGUUCACCAUCACACCACCUACAGCCCAGGUGGUUGGAGUACUUAAGAUUCAGGUUCACUACUAUGAAGAUGGCAACGUCCAGCUGGUUAGUCAUAAAGACGUACAGGAUUCUGUAACUAUUGCGAAUGAAGACCAAACUGCCAGGGAGUUUGUUAAAAUCAUAGAGCAUGCAGAAAAUGAGUACCAGACAGCAAUUAGUGAAAACUAUCAGACAAUGUCAGAUACCACGUUCAAGGCCUUGCGCCGGCAGCUUCCGGUCACCCGGACCAAGAUCGAUUGGAACAAGAUACUCAGCUACAAGAUUGGCAAGGAGAUGCAGAAUGCUUAAAAGCUGAAUGUAGGAUUCUUCAGUCCAUGUAAAGAAAGGAUUCAACAUGUGGUCAUAUGAUAAAUAAGUGAUUUAUAAACAAGAGUGAUAUUUUGCUAGGGCUUUCAAAGUUAACAGGUUUUGUAGCCUCAUGGAAUACUGUUGAACCUAUAGCAUUGUCUUGAUACUUUUGUUUUUUAUGCCUUGUAAUUUUCUGUUUUUACUAUAUCUACUUGUAAAUCUUGUGGGGUUUUUUGUUUGUUUGUUUUCUUUUAAAUUCUGCCUCAUUUAAUGAUGGAGCGAGAGAGACCUAUCCUGGAGUCAUUUUACUGUUUAGAAAAUUUCCCUAGCCAUGAAGCCCUCUUACUGAUAUAGACAGGUAAUAUGUUUAGUGCUUUUCUACCCCUGACCUUCAAAACACUCCUGGUACUUCCAUGGUUUAUACUGAUCCACCAACAGCUAAAGAGGCUACGCUCCCAACUGUAGCUGAAUGAAGACACAUUCAUCCUUCUCCCUUGACUGCUUUAAUCAUUUAUAGCAUCGCAUAACUGUAGUUUUCACAAGUUUGGGUUGGGGGUUUUCAGGUCCUUCCAGGAGGGCAGAGGAAGUUUCCUGGAAACCCCAUUAUAGCCAGCUUCUCUGGGGAAGUUGUUUUUAAUUCCAAAGACUUGAACCACAUUCCCUGCUCAUUAACGUGUCAGUUUUCCCCUCCCUGGUCGUCUCCUCCCCACCUAGGACCAUUAUAGUUACAGACAUCUGCAUUUUUAGCAGAGUUUUACCCAUUUCUUAUUUGUUUUUUUUUUUUAAUAUUCAAGAACUGCUGGCGUGUGAGGGAUGUAGUAGAUGAUCAAACUUGAAAAAGACAGAUGUUGAAGAAACAAUAGGUUUCUUCUGCUUUAAUGCUUAUUGGCAGGAUGGUACUAUAAGCAAAUGAGUCAAACAACUAUGUGACUCACAAACAAAAUCUAAACAUGAACCAAAGUGAAAAGGAGAACUCCCAGGCAGUAUCUUUCUGUUGUAACCUGUUAUUUAAGAGACUACUAGUGAUUUGUUCUAUACUAGUGAUGUAAAGCUUAUUCCAAAUUACUUUUCCUCAGUCCUGCCUGCCAAGAACUCAAAUGUAACUGUGAUACAGCAACCCUUCCCAGGUAUAUUGGCAGGUGUAUGUGUGAGCUCCAAAUACACAGGUGACAGAGAGGCUAUGACGACUGACAUGGUGGGUUCAUUUACAUUGUUUACACUUCUAUGACCAGGCCUUAAAGGGAAGGUCAGUUUUUUAAAAACCAAGUAGUGUCUUCCUACCUGUCUCCAUCUACAUGUCAAAAAAGAAGGGUGUUUGUGCUUCAGCUUUGUUUUCGCUCAGUAACAUAGUCAAGCAAGAGUUUGUUUCCAAGUGACACGUUGAGCUGUGUAAGCAUUUUUGUUUAUUUCAAAUAAAAUAUAUUUGUAUUAUUUGUCAUUCCUGCUAUCCAUCCACACCGCACUAUCCUCUGUAUCAGGUAGUCCAAUAGAAAUAUACCUGUUUUGUUCUUAAAGUG